CUGAGAUAGAAAUCUUGGGAAGAAAAAAUCAACCGUGUCAAGCGAAAAUUACGGGUACUGUGGAACAACGUAAAAUUGCCGUUAGAUUAUUACAAGAUACCUUGGCUCGCUCAAACUCUUUUUCGCCCCCCGUUGGAUUCACUUUAUUAAACGUCUCCGAUGAGUACGAGUCACGUUACAUUGGCACUGAUUUUAAAGCCAUCUCGUUUGAAAAGGUUCCCAUUGAUCACCAAACCAACGAUUCGAUUCCCUAUAAAAAUUAUACUCUUGUAAUUAACGACUUACCAACUUGCCCUUCUACUUCAACUACUCCUACAUUUUCUUCUAAUAAACGUGAAACCCAUCUUAAUUGCAAGAAUUGUAAUUCAUCGGAAUUUUCAAUCAAUAAUUUAUCAGGCAAAAUUUAUAAAUUCACCACCAUCCAAUUGUUAGAAUAUUGUUUAAGCAAAGUUUUAAAUGCCACGGCUUGUGAACCACAAGUUUCGGAUGAGGAAUUUCGAUUAAAAGUUUGCUUUGGAAAAGUUUUUUUUAAUAAACUCGAUAAAACUGCUCUUUCUUUAUGCGA